AUGCUGUAUUUUAGACAUAUGAGACGUGCAGGUAGGUUUACUGUAAUAAUCGUAUGUUUAACAAUAAUAUAUUAUUUAUAUUCUGUGUUUCAUGAACAAAGUCUCCAUGGCUAUAAACAUAAUAAUACAUUUUCGAAAAAUGUAUCAUAUGUAUUUUAUAAUAAAUUAUUUGAAAGUAUCGAUUAUUUUAAACCAAUGGAUCCACCUGAAAAGAAUAGAAUGUUAAUGAAUUCAUUCACUUGCAAGAAAGUUGGAAACUAUGGACUUAACGACGUUAAAAAAUUCAAUCAUUUGACUUUCUACCAUUUAAAUGAAUGUUAUCAUUUAGAUGAUGACCAAUUUAAUAACCUUCAUCAGACCCAUAAUGGAUUUAUGAAGGAAAUUGUCGAACAAUUUCCAAAUAAUAUUAUUAAUAAUCUAAAUAUUAAAGGGAAAGGGAUCGUCACCGUUGGUGGUGGAAGAUAUUCUGUCCUUUUAAUCACAAUGUUAGAAACUUUAAGACACUCAGGAACUACAUUGCCUGUCGAAGUAUUUAUCCCACCAAAGGAUGAAGGAGAUGAUGAAUUUUGUAAUAUUUUCCUACCAAAAUUGAAUGCAAAAUGUGUCUAUUUUAAAGAUAUUUUACCAUCAAAUAUUGUGGACAAUAUUGAAGUGAAAAGUUAUCAAAUUAAAGCAAUGGCUUUGGUCCUAUCAACUUUUAAAGAUAUUAUUUUCUUAGAUGCUGAUAAUUUUGCAAUGAAAAAUUUGGAUAAUGUAUUUGAUUCAACUAUUUAUAAAGAGACAGGUCUUGUGAUAUGGCCAGAUCUUUGGAGAAGAUUUACUGCUCCAAUAUAUUAUAAGAUUGCAGAUAUUCCAUACAACAAAGAUAAAAGAGUUCGUUAUUCAUUCGAUGAUGUUUCUCCCGUAUCACGUUAUGAGAAGGAUCCAACUAAUAUUGAUUCAACUUCAAAGGAUUCAAAGAUACCGUUCCACGAUUUAGAAGGAACAAUAGCUGAUCCCGCAAGUGAAUCCGGACAAAUGUUAAUCAAUAAAGAGAAACACUUACAUACGUUAUUAUUAGCAUUAUACUAUAAUAUUUAUGGUCCAAUGUGGUAUUAUUUCAUGUUUUCACAAGGAACAGCUGGUGAGGGUGAUAAAGAAACCUUUAUAUCAGCGGCUCAUGCUUUGAAUUUACCUUAUUAUCAAGUGAGAACACCCUUGGCCUUUGAUGGGUUCCAUCAUGACGUAAAGAUGUUUCAAGGAUUAGGUUUAUUACAACAUGAUUUCAUACAGGAUUACCAAUUACAUCAAGAUUUGCAAAAGUUAGUUAGUGAGAAUCCCGAAAAAUAUUCAAAAUUUGAUCCUGAUUAUGAUUUAGAUAUUACAUAUAAGAAACAUAUGUUACAAACGCAAGGCGAAAAACACGAUGAUUCCGUAGAUGUAAUGUUUUUACAUGCAAGUUUCUAUAAAUUUGAUGCAUGGUCACUAUAUGAUCAAAAAUGUUUCUUAUUAGGCUCCGGUGAACAUACUAGAGGUUAUACGAAUCAAAGACGUUAUGGUGGAUUUGAUUUUGAAUUGUUCAAUUUUAAAGCUUUACAAAAUCAAUUAUGUAAUAAGGAUGAAUCCUUAAGACACAGAGAUUUUAGAUACUUGAAUGAAAAGGUCUCCGAGGAAGAUUGGCCAAAACUAUGUGCUUACAUCGAUGAUCAUGUCGAAUACUUGAACAACACUCCAUUGCCCACAAAUAAAUAA